UUCUAACCUUCUCGUUUGGUGCAUCACUCGCUGUCAGACAUGUCUCCCAGGAAGUUCUUCGUCGGGGGCAAUUGGAAGAUGAACGGAGACAAGAAGAGUCUGGGGGAGCUGAUCAACACCCUGAACAGCGGCAAGAUGAACGCGGACACAGAGGUGGUCUGUGGUGCACCAGCCAUUUAUCUGGACUUUGCACGGCAGAAGCUGGACGCCAAAAUUGCUCUUUCUGCGCAGAAUUGUUAUAAAGUGGCCAAGGGAGCAUUCACCGGAGAGAUCAGCCCAGCAAUGAUUAAAGACUGUGGUGCUACAUGGGUGAUUCUUGGGCACUCUGAGAGACGGCAUGUGUUUGGAGAGUGUGACGAGCUCAUUGGGCAAAAAGUGGCACACGCACUAAGUGAAGGCAUUGGAGUGAUCGCCUGUAUUGGUGAGAAGCUAGACCAGCGUGAGGCGGGAAUCACUGAGAAGGUGGUGUUUGAGCAGACAAAGGCCAUAGCAGAUAAUGUCAAGGACUGGAGUAAGGUGGUCUUGGCCUAUGAACCAGUCUGGGCUAUUGGAACUGGGAAAACUGCCACACCUGAACAGGCCCAGGAAGUGCACAAGAAACUGCGUGAGUGGGUGAAAACCAACGUAUCUGAAGGUGUUGCCCAGUCUGUUCGUAUUAUAUAUGGAGGUUCAGUAACAGGAGGCACAUGCAGAGAGCUGGCCGGCCAGCCUGACAUUGAUGGGUUCCUGGUGGGAGGAGCAUCUCUGAAGCCGGAGUUCAUUGAAAUAAUCAAUGCCAAGCAUUAACCAGGCUCCCUGGCAGAACCUCCUCCUUUCCUUUCACAAACGGUUUAGAAUAAGUGACGCUGUCUAAAUCCCUGUACGAGGUGACUCCCAGAACAAACAUGUCAGGGCCUGUACUUGGUGGGGUUGGGUGGCCCUUGUGAUCCAUGUAGUAUGUCUAAUAAUGAUCCGUGUAGUAUGUCUUUAAGUUACUAUGUGCUGUCUGUGACAAUCUUGUUUGUAUCCAACAUCCCAGAUCAUGCAGGUCAGACUGCUUCAAAUAAAGUCCCCUAAAAACUGUUUCACUUUUUUUUUUUUUUUAAUUUUUAUUCUGUCAAUCGAGUAGGUGGGUCCCAUACAUGGGCCAAUAAGCUGCAGACUUGAACUGGAGGGGGCAAGUGGCCAACUCAGAUCGGCACCAGCUUAAAGGGGUGGUUUACCUUUUCGUAUGUUAUAGAAUGGCCAGUUCUAAGCAACAUUUAAAUUGGUAGUCCUUCAUUAAUUUUUUUUUUUUGCCUUCUCUUCUAACUCUUUCCAGCUUUCAAUAUGUGGUUCACUGACCCAUCUCAAAACAAAUGCUCUGUAAGGCUAAACAUUUAGUUGUUGUUGUUGUUAGUAUUUUUUUUUUUUUUUCCAGGCCUGUCUUAUUCAUAGUGAUGCAUAGUUACUAGGUUAAUUUUGACACUUUAUGGGUAUUGCAAACUGGAGAGCUGCUGAAAAAAAAGCUAAAUGACUUAAGCUACAAAUAAAAUUU